AUGAAAGUCCAGGCAAGGCCAAAAUCAUUAAGCUGUGAUGACUGUGGUAAAAGAUUUACUUGCAAAUCAAAAUUAAGCACACACAUGAGAGUCCACACCGGAGACAAACCGUUUCCUUGUGAUUUUUGUGGACAAAAAUUUAGUCGGAAGGACAGUUUAGAUUCACAUAUGAGAGUCCAUACAGGAGACAAACCAUUUCCGUGUGAUUUUUGUGGACAAAAAUUUAGUCGGAAGGACAGUUUAAACUCACAUAAGAGGGUCCACACAGGAGACAAACCGUUUCCUUGUGAUUUUUGUGGACAAAGAUUUAAUCAUAAGACAAAUUUAAAUUCACACAUUAGAGUCCACACAGGAGAUAAACCAUUUCCUUGUGAACUUUGUGGACAAAGAUUUAGUCAUAAGUCAAGUUUAAACUCACACAUGAGAAUCCACACAGGAGAUAAACCGUUUCCUUGUGAUCUUUGUGGACAAAGAUUUAGUCGGAAGACACAUUUAAACACACACGUGAGAGUCCACACAGGAGACAAACCAUUUCCUUGUGAUGUUUGUGGACAAAGAUUCAGUCAGAAGUCAAGUGUAAAUAUACACAUGAGAGUUCACACAGGCGACAAACCAUUUCCUUGUAAUCUUUGUGGACAUAUAUUUAAUCAGAAGACACAUUUAAACAGACACAUGAGAGUCCACACAGGAGACAAACCAUUUCCUUGUGAUUUUUGUGGACAAAGAUUUAGUCAGAAGUCGUGUUUAAACUCACACAUGGGAAUCCACACAGGAGACAAACCGUUUCCUUGUGAACUUUGUGGACAAAAAUUUAGUCAGAAGUCAAGUUUAAACUCACACAUGAGAGUUCACACUGGAGACAAACCGUUUCCUUGUGAAAUUUGUGGACAAAGAUUUAGUCAUAAGACAAGCUUAAACUCACACAUGAGGGUACAUACUGGAGACAAACCAUUUCCUUGUGAACUUUGUGGACAAAGAUUUAGUCAUAAGACAAAUUUAAACUCUCACAUGAGAGUUCAUACAGGAGAGAAACCAUUUCCUUGUGAACUUUGUGGACAAAGAUUUAGUCAUAGGACGACUUUAAAUGGACAUAUAAGAGUCCACACUGGAGACAAACCAUUUCCUUGUGAUCUUUGUGGACAAAGAUUUAGUCAUAAGACAAUUUUAAACUCACACAUGAGGGUCCACACAGGAGACAAACCGUUUCCGUGUGAUCUUUGUGGACAAAGGUUUAGUCAGAAGUCAGCUUUACACUUGCACAUAAGAGUCCACACAGGCGACAAACCUUUUCCUUGUGAACUUUGUGGACAAAGAUUUAGUCGGAAGGACACUUUAAACUCACACAUGAGAGUUCAUACAGGAGACAAACCAUUUCCUUGUGAUCUUUGUGGACAAAGAUUUAGUCGGAAGGCACAUUUGAACACACACAUGAGAGUCCACGCAGGACUUAAAACUGUUCCACUGCCUAGCCAAUAAAAAAUUUUCCACCAAAAAAAAGGCACACUAAUAUUUCGUUG